CUCCUUGCUUGUCUUUUUCCACCACGUUCACCCCUUGAGCAGGACGCUCCGCACGUGUCAUUAUGGCAUAGAAAUUAACUACUCUGACAGCACACGGUAGGUCCCCAUCUCGUAACUCACAUACUACUGGACCGCUUUGGCCUUGUUUGCUGGCAGGGUCAGGCAUCCCUUAGUCAGGACAUCAUUAAAACCCUUCAUCGAUCUCACCCCUCUCUCGCAUCUUCCUUCCGACCAUAUUCCUUCUGUUUCGAGUGUCAGGUCCCUGGUGCUUGGGACUGUGGGUCAACGCCAUUGCCGUCAAUCUUCCUAGUGUGUCUCCGCUUGUGGCCCACUAACGUCCAUCUUAUUCUUCGAAACUCCUUCUAGGUCUCGUCCGCCUACGUCAAUCUCCUCUUUCCUCUUCUCUCACCAACCUCAUGCUCUGUUGACCAUGGGCAUCAAUGCAGACUCCAAAGACUCUAGGCCGGGCACGUUACCCGUAGACGGGAAAGCAGUCCAGCCAACCAUCUCCAACCGGUCGAAAGCGGGGGAGGCAGCUGGAAUCGCACCAAAUCAAAGCAUAAUGGCAACAAUUGCGGACGAUGACGACCGUCUACUUGUGCGUAUAGGGUAUACGCCAGUACUACAGCGACAUUUCUCCAGAUGGUCCACCGUCUCAUAUGCGAUUUCAAUUCUUGGUGUGCUGGGCUCAGUGCCGGCUACUUUUGGAUCCCCGAUGAGUGCGGGAGGGCCAGCAACAGCAGUAUGGGCAUGGCUCAUUGGUAGUGUUAUGGCAUACUGUAUAGCCAGUUCAGUCGCUGAACUGGUAUCUGCAUAUCCAACAGCUGGAGGUAUGUACUAUGUCACAAAACACGUCGUACCUCCCGAACAUGUUGCUUCAUGGGCAUGGAUCAUUGGGUGGUGCAACUUCCUCGGUCAAGCAGCCGGAGUUGCAAGUCUGGCGUACACGAUCUCCCAGAUGGUCUUAGCAACGGUCGUGAUGCAUACUUUGGACAACGGCGAGGCUGCAUAUGAACCGAUGGCGUACCAUACUGUUCUCUUAGCUAUCUUUGUGCUAUGUAUGUUUGGAACCAUAUGCUCCUUUCCUACGCAUUGGCUACAUCGCAUCAUUUUAUGGUUUGCUCCCAUCAACAUCAUCGCAUCGAUUGCCAUUUGCAUUGCACUUCUUAUCCUUACACCGAACAAACAAAGCGCGCAAUGGGUGUUUACAACAGUUAUGGAUGGCUCUGGAUGGGGAAGCAAGGGGUUCUCGUUCCUCCUCGGCUUUCUCUCCGUUGCGUGGACGAUGACCGACUACGAUGGUACAACACACAUGUCGGAAGAAACACAUGACGCUGCCAUUCGAGGCCCAGUGGCAAUUCGUGCUGCGAUCCUCGUUUCGGGCGUCGUAGGCUGGAUGCUAACGGUCACCUUCUGCUUCUGCAUGUCAGACUAUGAUGGGAUUAUGGCGACACCAACCGGUCUACCUGCUGCACAGAUUUUCUUCAACGCUGGCGGCAAAACUGGUGGAACUGUCAUGUGGUUCUUCGUCAUACUAGUGCAAUUCUUCACCGGUUGCUCCGCUAUGUUAGCUAAUGCGAGAAUGGCCUGGGCUUUCUCGCGUGACGCAGCCUUCCCCUUCUCGGGGUUCUGGAGCAAGGUCAAUCAAUUUACACACACUCCGGUCAACGCAGUCUGGCUCGUCGUGGUAUUCUGCACCUGUCUCGAUCUUAUCGGGAUCGGCAGUACCUUAACGAUAACGGCUAUUUUCAACAUUACCGCUCCAGCCCUGGACAUCAGCUACAUUGCAGUCAUCAUCGCACACCGAUGGUAUGAAGGCAGCGUCAUCUUCCAUCCUGGUCCAUAUACAAUGGGUAGAUGGAGCAAACCGGUCAAUGCGAUUGCAGUGACAUGGGUCACCUUUAUCAGCGUCGUGCUCUUCUUUCCAACAAAAAAGCCCGUGCAAGCCGACAACAUGAACUACGCCAUAUGUGUGGCGGCUUUCAUUGGCCUGUUCAGCACCAUUUGGUGGUUUGCUGGAGCGAGAAAGUCGUACACCGGUCCACGGACUAGCGACACUAUCGACUUGCUUCCUCCAGAAGACCCCGAGGAUAUUCUUGGCGACUACGACCUGCCUUGAUACAAACCGAACCACAUUGCAUACCCUUAACGGCCUUCACGAAACCUAGAGCGACGGGAAGAUUCACAAUUAGACGGAGCACCAUCAUGGAACAUGCUGGAGAAUAUGGAGUCGGAGCGUCCAACUUUCGCUGAAUUUUUACACUUCUGGAUACUUUCUCGUUCAUUACAUUACCUGGAGUUGUAUAGAGGAGAGACCAGACGCCACGCGCCAUUCGUCAAUGAUAUCUAUAGAUCAGGAGAUACCCCAAUUAGACCCCCACAGUUCAUUCACUUACUUAACCGAUCCCUUUGUUUGUUUUUACUGUGAUUCUUCAUAUAUGCUCGC